AGAGCAUUUUAUUCGGUUUCCUCCUCCUCCCCUCUCCUCCAUCUAUAAAUACACCCUUCCGAUAUGGUGCCCUCUUUUUCCCUUCUUCGUCCUUUUCUUCUUCCUUUUGUAAAUCCGUCGCCUCUCUCUCCGAUCCCCCGAGAUCUCCGCUGCUAUCGACGAGAUCGGCUCUGCUCACAUCAGAUCUCUAGGAUCGCAGAGCUGUAGUAAAUGGGCGAAAUGAUGGAGAGUAAUGGCCGACCGAGCAUUUUGAAGAUAGAGUCGAGCUCAUCCUUCCUCGAGGAUGACCUCGAUUUCUCUCGUCUCUAUGUGAAGCCGAGGAUGGAGAGGCAGAGGUCGUUCGACGAGAGGUCGCUCAGCGAGCUCUCGAUCGGGCCGAACCUUCGAGCGGUGGACAGCUAUGAUGCACUGUACUCGCCUGGAGCGAUGCGGUCAGCUCUGGAUACGCCGAACUCCUCGUCUGCGAGGACUUCGUUUGAGCCGCAUCCGAUGGUUGCUGAUGCUUGGGAGGCGCUCAGGAGGUCGAUGGUGUACUUUAGGGGGCAGCCGGUGGGGACGAUUGCUGCUUAUGAUCACGCUUCGGAGGAGGUCUUGAAUUAUGAUCAGGUGUUUGUCCGUGAUUUUUUUCCAAGUGCGCUGGCUUUCCUGAUGAAUGGUGAAUAUGAUAUAGUUAAGAACUUUCUGCUAAAAACUGUCCACCUUCAAGGAUGGGAAAAGAAGAUAGAUCGCUUCAAGCUUGGGGAGGGAGUCAUGCCAGCAAGCUUCAAGGUGCUUCAUGAUCCUAUUCGUAAAACUGAUACUUUAGUUGCAGAUUUUGGUGAAAGUGCAAUUGGUAGGGUGGCUCCUGUCGACUCUGGUUUCUGGUGGAUUAUUCUUCUUCGUGCAUAUACAAAGUCUACUGGGGAUUUAACCCUAUCUGAAACACCUGAAUGUCAAAAAGGGAUGAGACUCGUGUUAGCUUUAUGUCUAUCAGAGGGUUUUGACACCUUUCCAACCUUGCUCUGUGCUGAUGGGUGCAGUAUGAUAGAUCGUAGAAUGGGAGUUUACGGUUAUCCAAUUGAAAUCCAAGCUCUCUUCUUUAUGGCUCUGAGAUGUGCUUUAGCAAUGCUUAAACAUGAUACUGAAGGGAAGGAUUUUAUUGAGCGAAUUGUGAAGCGUCUACAUGCCUUAAGUUAUCAUAUGCGAAGUUACUUUUGGUUAGACUUCCAACAGCUAAAUGACAUAUACCGCUACAAAACAGAGGAGUACUCCCACACUGCAGUCAACAAAUUUAAUGUCAUUCCUGAUUCAAUUCCGGACUGGGUGUUUGAUUUUAUGCCAAUUCGUGGAGGUUACUUCAUUGGAAAUGUGAGUCCUGCACGAAUGGACUUCCGGUGGUUUGCCCUAGGCAAUUGUAUUGCCAUUUUAUCUUCUCUUGCUACUCCAGAGCAAUCUGCAGCUAUAAUGGAUCUUAUAGAGUCGCGCUGGGAAGAACUGGUCGGUGAAAUGCCCUUGAAGAUCGCUUAUCCUGCAAUAGAUAGCCAUGAAUGGCGGAUUGUGACUGGUUGCGACCCAAAAAAUACCAGAUGGAGCUACCAUAAUGGAGGGUCAUGGCCAGUACUUCUGUGGCUGCUAACUGCAGCCUGCAUCAAAACCGGCCGCCCCCAAAUCGCCAGACGAGCAAUCGAGCUCGCCGAGAGCCGACUACUAAAAGAUGGGUGGCCCGAAUAUUACGACGGAAAACUAGGCCGGUACGUUGGCAAACAAGCAAGAAAAUUCCAAACUUGGUCAAUUGCAGGAUAUUUAGUAGCGAAAAUGAUGUUAGAAGACCCAUCUCAUCUAGGAAUGAUUUCCUUGGAAGAGGACAAGGCGAUGAAGCCGGUUAUUAGAAGAUCGGCGUCUUUUUGAACCAGGUAGAAGAGAGAAUUUGAGGGUAAUCUAAUCAUUUAAUUGUUUCUUCUUCUUUUGUCUAAUUGGUAAUGCUUCUUGUUAAUCAGGCCUUUUGUAUGUACAAUUCGAUAUAUAUUAUAUAAUCAGCAGAUCCCAUUUCCAAAUAAA